UUUCUCUGCAUUUUUCGUAGUAUUAUUACUAUUAUUUUUAUGUAUUUCAGGAAUGUCCGGAAGCUACCAAAUAAUUUAUAAGUUGCAAAAUAAAUGCUAAUAAAGAAUUAGAUCGAGUCAGGAAGCAAAAAGGGAGGUGAAGGCCAAAACAAACAAGUCCCAAUUGGGCCACAAAAGUCACAAUGUAGCAGCCCAAUUCACCAAUAUAUGGCAUGGAUAAAGAUCAUGGUGACCACACGUGUUUUAUUAGAUUAGGCACUUAUCAAACAAUAUAUGACGUGUACCAUAAAGAUCAUGUUGGCCGCCAAGUGCUAUUUAUUAGCAAAUGAUUAACAUGUGGAGAUCGCACUCCUAUCGUAACGGGCGGCACGAUCAAAGCUUAUCUCCUCCUUCAGAAUAGCACGCAAACACAUCAAGGGAUUAACAGAAAAAUAUUUUCUCAGCCUAUAAAUAGAUGGCUUUAGUUAGUUUAUUUGGAACGCUUCAUUAUUAGAAUUUAAGAGCAGAUAGAAAAUAUUUUACUUUCCUGUUUUUCAAGGUUCUAAUCUCUUGUUCUAUUUAUUUUAUUGUUCUUUUAAUUCAGUCACUGUUUGUUCAAGUUUUACAUCUUUCAGUACCUAUCAUUACUUUAUUUAUGUUAUGUUUAUUUAUUUAAUUACUAUGUUGUUACCAGCAACUAUGUCUAGCUAAUUUAUUGAAACUGGAAUGUGAAAUUGGAAGCUAAUUUGGAUUCGAUGGUUAAUUUGUUUACUUAAUAUUUUAAACUAGUUUUCUGUAUCAGUUUUUAAUAAUUAAAUUAAAGAUUUUGCACGAGAGUGAAAAUUAACUAAGGUAUAAAUUAAUAGCGCGACAGUGUGAGAUUUAUAUCGGAUAGUAAAAACUGAACAUUAUUUUUAAACACCGCGACAGCUCUUUAAAGAUAAUUAAACUAUAUUAGUUUUCAAAAAGUAUUUUAUAAAUAGAUGUGAGAGCGAGAGUGAAGCAUUCAUUUAUAUAAUAUAGUAUCAGUUCAAUAGCGCGACGGCGUGAGACUAUAUUUUUAAACUAAUGUUGUUUUGAGAAAACUAGAUCUUUUUAAUUAAAUUGAAUUGAUUUUCAAAAAGUAUUUUUACAAGUAAGUGCGAGAGCGAAAGUGAAACAUUUAUUUUAUAUCUAUACGAUAUUACUCAAUAGCGCGAGAGUGUGAGACGCGUAUCUUUUAAUCAAUUUCAGUUUAUUAAAAAGUAACAUAAUUUCAAAACGCAGUUUAAUUACCGAAUCCAUUUAGGCGACUAAAAUCACAUUCCGGUUUAGUUUUAUUUAUUUUUUUAAAAAAAAAGUCAAAUUUAUUUUAGUUAUUAAUUAGAAUUCCUCUGACCUUACGAUUUAUUAAAAACAAGCGAAUUAUUGAGAAAAUAGUCUCUGUGGGAUCGAUAUCUUUUAAAACUACACGAUAGAUCUGUGCACUUGCAGAGUUAUCGCAUCAAGUUUUUGGCGCCGUUGCCGGGGACUAAUUUAGUCAAUUUUCGCUACUUAGUUUUUAAUCUGUAACGAUUAAGGCAACCCUUUUACUUAGGUUGUAUGCCCAGUACUCGUACCUCCGAGGAAUCAUUAGAACAACCUAUCCCAGAAAUAGAGCGUUAUAUUCAUUUACAACGCCGAAUCCGCGAAUUUCGAAAACAAUUUAACCUCAUACCGAUGGCUCAACGCGAACGUCCUCUCAAGGAUUAUGUCGUUCCCUCCGAAGAGGAACCUCAUUCGAGUAUCGCGCCCCCUAACAUCGAAGCAAGGAACUUCGAAAUGAAACCCGCGCUUUUGCAAAUCGUGCAACAAAAGGUUCGCCCACGGAGGAUCCGAACCUCCACCUCUCGGUGUUUGUGCAAUAUGCAGACACAAUAAAAGCCAAUGGUGUUGAACCCGAAGCAAUACGACUCCGUCUUUUCCCGUUCUCUUUAAGAGACAGAGCUAGAGCUUGGUUUCAAGCUCUACCUUCGAACUCCAUCACUACAUGGAACGAACUGAAGAAACAGUUCUUGGCCAGAUAUUUCCCGCCAAGUAAGACAGCUAUGUUAAGAGCCCAAAUCAACGGAUUUAGGCAAAAAGAAGGAGAAUCACUCUUCGAAGCUUGGGAAAGAUACAAGGAUAUGAUGAGACUCUGUCCACACCACGGUUUAGAACAAUGGCUUAUUAUCCAUACCUUCUACAAUGGGCCGCUAUAUAACACUAGACUUACCAUAGAUGCAGCCGCCGGCGGAGCACUGAUGGAUAAACCUUACCAAGAAGCCACCCAGCUUAUAGAAAACAUGGCCCAAAACCAUUAUCAAUGGGGAAGCGAACGCGCUGCCAUAGAAAAAUCCCAAACGAAAGGCGGUAUGUACGAAGUAAGCGGCAUAGACCAUGUCAAUGCCAAAAUAGAAGCCCUUUCCCAAAAGAUAAAGAGUUUAACUUUAUCUCCCACUGCUACCAUAGCCGCAGUACAACCGAACUGUGAAUUAUGUGGAGUUCCUGGACACAUAACCUCUGAAUGUCAAUUACUGGCCGGACUCGACCAAGCAAAUUAUGUGCAAGGAAACACGUACAACCCUGGGUGGAAAAAUCAUCCAAGCCUCUCCUAUAAGAAAAAUGAUGCUUUAUUUACGCCUAGCACUCCACCAGGCUUCCAAAACCAAAUAGGAGCCCCUGUUGCUCCCGUUGCCCCUCAAAAGUCAAACUUUGAACUUAUGAUGGAGAAUUUUGUCCUAGCUCAGACUCAACAAAAUAAGGAAUUCAUGAACCAAAAUAUUCACACUAAUGAGUUGAUUAAGCAGUUAGCUAACAAAAUCGAUUCCAUUUCCACUCAUAAUAAGAUGCUAGAAACUCAAAUUUCUCAAGUGGCUCAACAACAGGCAGCUACAGCUGCCCUAGCCGGAACAUUACUCGGCCAACCGCAAUCAAAUCCCAAGUGCCACGUUAACGCUAUAACACUACGAAGCGGAACAGAGUUAGAAGACCCCGUUGCUAAAAGAGUUAGAGCGAGAGAAUUAGGAAAAAGUGAAGAGAAAGACUCGGAGACUGACAAGGACACUGAGAGAGAACCAAUAGUAGUGGAGGAUGGACAAACAUCGAAGGCUAAAGAGGUGAUUGAGAAUGAUCAAGAAAAACCAUAUGUACCCCCUCCUCCUUACAAGCCUCCUAUCCCAUAUCCUCAAAGACUUGCAAAAUCUAAGAAUUCGGGGCAGUUUGAGAAGUUUAUCGAGAUGCUCAAAAAGCUUCAUAUUGACAUACCCUUCAUUGAGGCUAUAACCCAGAUACCUUCCUAUGCCAAAUUCUUAAAAGAAAUUCUUUCAAACAAGCGAAAGAUGGAAGACAUUGGGCAAGUGGAAUGCAAUGCAAUUAGUGAAAACAAGCUAGCCCCAAAACUCGAGGACCCAGGAAACUUUUCUAUUCCUUGCGUUGUUGGCAGAUAUGUCAUAGAUAAAGCCCUUUGUGAUCUAGGAGCAAGUGUAAGUUUGAUGCCUCUAUCUAUCUGCAAGAGGCUCGGACUUGGAGAGUUAAAACCUACUAAGAUGUCCUUACAGUUGGCUGACAGGUCUAUCAAAUACCCAUUAGGAAUACUAGAAAAUGUUCCAGUAAGGAUCGGCCAACUGUUUAUCCCUACUGAUUUUGUGAUCAUGGACAUCAGGGAAGACAUUGAUAUUCCCAUUCUGUUAGGUAGACCUUUCUUAGCUACUGCGGGCGCUAUAAUAAAUGUAAAGAAAGGGAAGCUUACCUUUGAGGUUGGGGAUGAGAAAAUCGAGUUUAUACUGUCUCAAUUCACGAAAAGCCCCACCUUGAAGAACUCUUGUUGUAGACUCGAGAAAGUUGAAGGACAUAUCGAUAAACCCACCUAUGAACAAGUCCCUCCCGACAUACUAAAAUCCCACCCAGUAAAUGAUAUCUUCCAGAAUACGAAACACAAAGCGGGUGAGGAUUAUGAGAAUAUGCUAGACGGAUUUCGUGAUACUCAUGACCAGAUUUUUAAAGAAUGCCAAAUGCUGGCACAUGGGAAGAUUCACACAGUGGAGAAGAAACUCCCACCUCCUCUCACCAGAAAGAAAGCAAAAGGGAAAGCACCUAUUAGAUGGUUGGAUGUGUUCAAAUGGAUCUCUAAGAAUGUUGAGUACAGUGUUAAGGAUAUCAGUCUGAAAGAGGCGCCCUCUUGAUUUAAGGGUCGUGCAAAGUCGAGCUAACCGACUUUAAACAAAGCGAUGCGUGGGAGGCAACCCACGAGUUUUUAUUUUAAUGUUUUCAUUUGAAUUUGCAGAAAAUAAAGAGAUCGAUCGCUUAACACCCAUAAGUUGCAUUAUAGGCGUAAAUCUCCAGGUUUUGCACUCCAAUUAUACUCUAGAGUUGCAACAGUGAGGACACUGUUGAAUUUAAGUUUAGGGGAGCAUUUCACUACUUUUAUUUAUUUUUCAGUCAUUUCAAUUUAUUUCCCUUUUCGCAUAAUAAAAAAUUAAAUUUAUAGUGUUUUCUUUGGUUUUUCUAAAUUUUUCCUUUUCUUGAGCCAAUUUAAAAUUUUUUUCUAAAGAUUUAGGACAAUUAUUCACUUAGAAAGUAUAUAGGUUAAGAAAGGAUGAGAGGCUAAGUUAAGGAAAUUAGGGAAUUUUACAACAAAAUCGGUAUUUUUCCAACACCCAGAAGUCUCCCUAGUAUAGAUAUCAAUUUGAAUAGCCAUUGUGCAAAAAUCUCCUUAUUUAAAUUUGUGGAUUCCUUUAGUAGUUUAUUUACCAGUCGGACACCAUCUAUAAGUCACACAUUAAGUAGGUCAGUCGAUGAAUAUAAGCGAAUCAUUUAAGCAAAUAAAAGGUCAUACUGUGGUAAUACGGUUAAACCUUG